AUGGUGCACAACAACAUGGUACUGGAGCUACACAUGGAAUAUCAACUUCAUCUGUCAGUAGAUGUUUUCAAAGGGUUGUUGAUGCAGUUUUUACCCAUAUGUUUUCAGAUAUUGUUAAGUGGCCUAAUAAUCCCGUUAAAAUAUCUACGAUAUUCCUUGAAAAAGGUGGGUUUCCAAUUUCUAUGUGUAGCUGGCUGUAUUGAUGGUACGUUAAUAAAUAUUGAUGCACCAAGUACAAACGGAGAACCGUUUGUAGAUAGACAUGUCAACCAUUCAAUCAAUGUGACUAUGGUUUGUGGUCCAAACCAUGUAUUUUAUGCAGUAGAUGCAAACUUGCCUGGAAGUGUACACGAUGCCAGGGUAUUAAGAAAUACUAAUAUAUUUGCUGAAGAAGACAGCUUAAAAGACACACUGGAUCAAGAAGAGGCCCCAAAUGUUGGUGCUAUAAUGAGGGUUAACACAUUAUUGGACUAUUUUAGACAAAGGUUAUAA